GGUCGCUUAGUGGUGGUAGAGAACUUGUCGAGGUAGUUCUAAGGAUAACAGAACGGUGCUCCACAGCACCGCCGACUCGACCUAAGAAUGGGAGCAACCAGCAUAGCCGCGUGUGUGCUGAUGCUCGCAAUCUGUCUGCCAGCCGUGUGUCAAGGCCAACAGUACUGGGGUGGCUACGGUUGGAGACCAGUGUUCCAGCCUUCCGUCAGUGCAGAAUGUGACCGCGCCUACCCUGUCAGUGAGGCUGGUGCAGUAAGGACAAGCUGUCGGUACCCCUGCCAAGGCUGGCCUGUUCGGUACGGAUACGAGGAAGACGGCACGCCUUGCCAAUUGUCCUGGUGGCGGCAAGGCUUCUGCUUCAGAGGUCGCUGUCAACGACAGUACCUGGUGCCCACAGUACCAAGAGACGAAGACAACAACGUUGAAAUACGCCAGGAUCCCGUUCGUUUUCUGAUGUGUAGAAACCGCCGACAAAGAGUAAAGGUCGGGGGUGUUGUUCGCUCCUGCCAGUUCGUGUGCAAGCAAAGGAGGAAUUCCUUCUUGGCCAAUGAAGACAACGGAACGCCAUGCCUGGCAUGGGGAGGAAAUGUUGGCUAUUGUGACCAAGGCGUGUGCAAGGCUGUUGAACCUACCGCGGCGUCUACGGCAGCACAAGCGACAUCUACAGAGUCAUCGACAACACCGGAGCUUCUAGUCGCUUCUUCUGCAGUCACUGCAGUACCGGCGGUUACCGAACAAGAUGUUGCGGCAGCACAAACUGGCGAACCUACAGAUGCAGCGACAGCAGCUUCCACACAAGCAUCAGCGACGGCUGCUCCAGUGGCCAGGCCACCAUGGCGACCAGGUUUCAUCGGUGUGAAGUGUGACAGGGCCUACCCGGCUAGAGUGACCAAUGGACGUGUGGCUAAGUGCCGCUUCCUAUGUCGAGGCUAUCCUUCCUUUGGGAUCGGCUUUGAAGAAGAUGGAACACCUUGCUGGAGAAAGAAGACACUAGAAGGCGUGUGCUCUGACGGCAAGUGCCAGCCCGUUCCUCUGACCACAGCAGCAACAACAGUUCAGGAAAAAAGCACUACUACCGUCUCCACCACACAGACAGACACAGUUACUGCCACCGGAGCAGACGAACAAUCUACAACUCAGGUGGCUGCAGCCACAGAAGACGUAGAAACCUUAUCAACGUCCACAACCCGUGUAGUUGAAGAAGGUGAUUACACGAACACUGACCAGGGUAUCAUCGUUAACGCAGCUGAAAGCACAACAGCAAAUUCUGAAUUCGGGACAACCGAAGAGCCGGCGAGCUCCUCUGACGGGCAGGCCACGACAGUGAACUCAGGACCAUGGGCCGAAGGUGAAGCGCGCACGGAAGAGAACGUUAGUGAACCGGCACCAACUGCCGAGACAGCAGUACCGGGGGCGACCGAGAACAACAGAGGUCACUCAGUAGAGGAAGUGACGACUACUCAGCAGCAAACAACGGGUGAAUCACUGCACGAAGGCACGGCUGUACCAGAAGAUUCAACAGAUAUUGUGGGAAGUGAGCAAGCUGGUACACCGUCAGGCGAUGAAGUGACAACACAAAGUGAAAGAAAAGUUGACGGAGAGCAAGACACUACUGCCGCUGGCCAUGCUGCCGGUGAGGGCGAGGAAGGGUCCGGUAACAUCGAAGGAGUGUCUGUAUCCGAAGUGACAGGUCCGGAGGCGACAACAACGACGAGCAGUAGUAUUGAGGAAGCUGUGGCUGUAGUUUCAGAAAGUGACGCCAUCAUUGUUGACCCGUCCUCUCAGUCAGCAUCCGAAGGUAGCGCUGUUGAACUGGAAACCGAAGUGCCGCAAACAAGUCAGGCACCCAUCACGACCACAGGUUUGGCAGCUGGUUCAAAAGGAGGAGUUGAUGCUGAUGAUGCCAGUUCACCCACCGAGACGGAGCUUUCGGCACAAAGCUCAACGUCAGUGGUAACUGAAGGUGUUUUCGAAGAAGUUACUGAAACAACCAAUCUUGAGAAAAACGUUGAAGUUGACGUAACGGUAACCGCUCAGGAGAAUCCCAGCACUACUCCUGCUCACGAAGAUGAAGAUGCCGGUCACGCAGUGACAGAAGUAGUGUCUAGCCAGCCAGAUGACGAUGAACAUGCCACAGCAACUUCACAUGCAGUCAUUUCUGAUAUUCAACAGGAAGUGACUGAAGGCGUCAUUUUAACAACCACAGGCGGGGCCACGGAAGCAACGACAGCUGUGGGUGAAACAGCAACUGCUAAAGUUAUCACAGUUGUCACUCGCAAAGAAAUCGUCCGUCCCGUAGGGUCAGAUGCCGAUCAGUCAGACGUUACUGUGGUAGACUCCACUCGUAGCACCUACGUAGAAACAUUGCCCGUAUCAGAACUCAACGAAACGGUUGCAUCUAACACAGCAGAAUCCGUUGUUUCAGUGUCCAGCGACAAUCCUGGCUUAGCUACAGAUGAAAGCAAUGCAGGGGCUGCAGCUAGCUCUACAGACGGUGUAUUAGUCAGUGAACCUGAAGCUGUGGCCACAACGGCUUCUGCCGUUGAAGUAGCCCAGACAGAGCAGGUUGCGACUGAACUACCCGAAACAAAAGCAGCGCCAGUUAUUGAUGAGACCACUGAAGGAACGACAGCAACGGACGAAUCAGCAACUGUUAAAAUUAUCACAACCAAUACUCAAAAGGAAAUCACUCGGCCGAUAGACGGCGAAGCUAGCCAACCAGAAGAAACUUCAGUGGACACAAAGCGUACCACAUCCGUGGAGGAAUUACCUGUUUCAGAAGUAGAUCAAACAAGUGCUUCUGAUCCCACAGGUUCUGCCGUGGCUGAAACCAGCGAAAGCGUAAGUGAUAGUCCAGACAACACGGGUACAGCUGCUGCUGUAUCCGGCGAGCCUACGGCUGGGGCCACAAGUUCCACAGAAGUGUCUCAGGUUCUGCAGGAUGCCACUGAAGUAAGCUCUGUGGUCGUUGCAAACGAAGCCUCUGAGAGCACGACAGCUGCUGCUGCUGCUGAGCCAGCCACUGUAAAGGUUAUAACAACUAUCACUCACAAGGAGAUUGUUCGUCCAGUUUACUCAGACGACUCUCAGUCUGACGCUAGUGUGGUCGACACCUCCAAAACCACCUCAGUAGAGACAUUGCCCGCAUCACAAUUCGAAGAAGCUAACAAGUCUAGCCCUGCCGAAUCAGAAGCUGCCUCUCCCAGUGAGACCAGCGUUCCAUCCGACGAUGACACGGCAGCUAGUGACGCAGUAAGCAGCAGACCAUCGAUAGUCAUUACUGAUUUCGUACAAAAAACAGCGUCUUCUUCAAAGGAGUCGGUUACGGCACCUAGCACAGAGGAGCAGGCCACCGCCGUGCCCUAAAUUCCCAGUACACUGAGCAUAGAGUCUGAAAAUCUCACAUAAUGACAAUUGGGACUCGGCGCUACAUUUGAGGUGCACCAAGACUAGAAGCAUUCCCUAUGCACCCAUCGGGACGGCAGCAAAAUCAGUUGCAUUCAGUGGCUUCCUUGGUCUACACUGAAUGAAAUCACACGUCCAUUUCUUUCGUAAAAUGCGUUACUGGAAUAAAGGUCUGAAUGGUAAUAA